CACUACGUGAACUAUCUACGUGGACAAGGAAAAGUCGGUGGCGCGUGGGCGUGGUCGUGGUAGUGACGUGAAUAGUGCUCACGUGCGUGCGUGCGUGCGUGUAACGGCGUUUGUGCGCGCCUGAUGCUGAAUGCACGGGGCGCGAGGCCAACGACAGGGGUUGGCACGGACUGAUUUCGCCAUCAGACUGCCGCCAAGCGGGGAGGUCUGUCUCGCGUGCCAACACACAUCAAUGGUUCAGUUGGGAUGUCGACCAUGGAACCUCAGUCUGACCAGCGUGGUUGUCCUGGCUCUCUCAAAUAUGCUAUUGACUUUCCUGUUGCUGCAGUCGGAAACCUGUAUCCCGGACGAAGUACCCAGGGAUUUGGAAUCAAACGCUGUAAGCGAAUGGAACCUCGCUACCUUAAUCAAAGAGCAGCAGGAGCAACAGCAGUCGGACUGCGUUACACAAGAUUACCAACCGUUGCCAGCUGACGCGAAUGGUUUAAAAUUGAACAUAAAGCUCGGCAGAUGGGACGCUCGUAGAAUGUUUCGAACGUUCGACCACGUUCUCGUUGGAUCUAGUUUCGUCGAGUUAUCACAGGCGUAUCGUGUUUGCCUGGCCACACAGAGCUCGGUCGAGAAGCUGCAUUCGGUCGUUCAGGCGGCUCAUCAUUGGACCGGGCCGAUGUCGGUGGCUUUGUACGCAGCUGGUGACGAAGAGUUCGAGGUUCUUCAGAAGUACCUGAUUUACCUUAGGAAGUGUUACGAACCGAUACGGGAAAGAGUCGCUUUUUCCUUGGCUGUGCCAAGGGUUAGACCGCCGAAGAGGCAGCCGCGAGAAUUCGAGCUGCCAGAGGUGGUAGAUUGUGCCAAACCAGAGGGAACACUGAACGAGUUGAUGAACGGGAUUUCCAACGAGCAGACAAACUGGCGGAUACGAAACGUCUAUCCCCAGAACCACAUGAGGAACCUGGCGAGGAAAAAUUGCCAGUCAGAUUACGUGUUCUUGACGGACGUAGAUAUCGUGCCGAGCUUUAAUUUGACCGGCGCUCUGGACGAAUUUCUGAGGACUGAUACCUGUGAUAAGUGCGCCUACGUGAUACCGACGUACGAGCUGGACUCGCGCGUCAGAUUUCCACAAAACAAGACGGAAUUGGUUAGGCUAGCGAGAAAGGGACUGGCCAGGCCUUUCCAUCAGAAGGUCUUCAUCCACAAUCAGUUUGCCACCAAUUUUACCAGGUGGAUACUAGAUACAUCUGUGAAUCAUAAAAACUUCGGCAACGUAAAAACUGGCAAGGUGUACAUCAGUCACGAUGUGACGAACUUCGAAUUCCUUUACGAACCAUUUUACGUGGCAAAGGAUAUUGUCCCGGCUCAUGACGAGAGGUUUAUGGGUUACGGAUAUACCAGAAACACUCAGGUGUACGAGAUGUACGUGGCCGGAUACCAAUUCAAGGUUCUCUCUCCAGUAUUCACGGGUCAUUGGGGUCUACAGACAAGAAAGACCAGACCAGCUUGGCGCGAACGACAGAACAGUGCCAACAGGAAGCACUUCGAGACGUUUAAGAAGGAAGUUUUCGCCCGUUACAUGCGCGAUCCUUUGAAGAUGAUGAAGAACCCUCACUGACGAAAAGUUCGUCGAAGGUUUCGCUAAUUUAUUAGCGAGAUCUUGAUCGCCGUCCUUUUUAUUCGUCGCGCGGGGCUCUCACUGAACCAAUCGGGACAACCUUCAGCGUCUUUGUCUCAAGGACGAUACUGGGCUCUAAUUGCUCUACCUGACACGGUGCCAUAAGGUUUAAGUUUUUAAACGGACGAACAAUUUCAUCGACCGUGUCAACGAUUCAAUUAGGAACGUAUCGAUCGAUUGCUGUAUUUUUCACUGUAACCGAGAUCAGAUCGUUUUCUAUAUAUUUUGUAUCGUAUCAUGAACUUCGAACAAUCAGUGAACUUGUAUAUCGAGAUUUUAGUAUUAAAUACUGGAAGACGAACAGUUUGAAAAACGUCUGUCUGCGUUGCUGCGCGCAAACAUCCGGUGGGGCACGUUUAAUUCGAGGUCCUUUUGCAUAAUAAUUUACCGACUAAGAAUAUUAAUAAAUUGACAGGUCACAAGUAGUAGAUUAUAGACUCGUGUUUGACAACUUUGCAAUUUUACAUCACGUAGAAUAAUCAUACGGCGUGUAGUUUCUUAAAUUUAUUUGUACAGUUGAAUUUCUUACAUUACGAAAAUUGUUACCGCCACAAGAGAGAGUUUAUUUGUUUUGGUAACUUGUGACUUGUAAAAUUUCACUAAUAACUAGUUCAAUCGUGCAAAGCGAGCCGAGAAAUUGAUCCAUCCAUUGUGUAGCGAGUCUCAUGGCCUUUUUAACCUUUCACGGGCCUUGAAAAAUGAAGAGAUUUGUCGUCUUGAAAAUGAUGCUUUUACUUAAUGUGUCGUUAUUCGAUCGUUAUUCAAAGCGACCUUAUCAACUAUCUCGAACCUUCCUGCUAUCCCGGGGAAUUUCGCGUGUUCCUUGUACGUUAAAGGAUCGCUUUAAUAGCCCUUCAUAUUCCGUUGUCGUUAUCGACAAAAUAAUCAAUUACUGGGUGAUCAUCCGUAUCCGACGUUUCCUGCUUGCAAAGAGUUCGAUGUUCCCGUAUGAUUCCAGUCCAUUAAACUUCGCGUUUGUGAAUUUUCAAGUUAUAUACCAGCCGUUGUAACGUCGAAAAUGGAAAGUGGUCUACCUUCGCCUGAAUUUAUUAAAAUACGUGUGAUCUUUUCGUUUAAAUUGCACGCUAACGACUUUUCUAAACCGUUAAAAAUCUCCCUUUUCAGUUAAAACGACGGUUAACGAGGCAGGAUUAAUAUCGAUCUCGAACUUAUCCGAUUCUGUGUUCUUAAUACUUCUAUACAGAAAUCGGAGCUAACCCACGAACAGUCUUUGCCUCUGUAACGUUUCAAGCUAUCAAAGUUCGAUAUACGUAUCGUUCACGCGAUAUUUCACACGUUGGACAGAAAUUCCCGCUUUGUAUCAUGCGCAUAUGGUUGUUAAAGUCAUAGCUCGAAAGCUUUCGUUUUCGAAUAGUAUUUUCCUCGUUCCCGUUUGAUAUCUUCGCUGGUCAUUCCGGUAAUAUCCGUCCCGGUAAAUCGGUGACAUAUCACGUGUAUAUAGAUCGUCUCAAGCUGGAGAGAAAUUGAGACCCGUGCUGUCUUUCUGUCGGCUCGAAGGAGAAACAUUGGUACAGUCCGGUGUACAGGUCAUACGUCAAGUUGUGUCGACAACUUCUAAUCCUGCAUAUACAGCGGCUCACGAAAGUAUUUGAAUAUUUAGAUAAAAAAUUGCUAUAUACAGGAUGGUUGGUAACUGGUGGUACAAGCGGAAAGGGGCUGAUUCUACGCGAAAAAAGAAGUCGAAAAUAUAGAAUAAAAAUUUAAAAAUUUAAAAAUUCAAAAAUUCAAAAAUUUAAAAAUUUAAAUAUUUAAAAAUUUAAAAAUUUAAAUAUUUAAAAAUUUAAAAAUUUAAAAAUUUAAAAAUUUAAAAAUUUGAAAAUUUAAAAAUUUAAAAAUUAAAAAAAUAACGUCAAUCGAGACAACGAUCUACAGUGAGAUCCGUUACAACGAGACGUGAUAAAGUGCACGCGUACCGAGCGAAAAUUCAAAGUCGAUUUUCUCGAAAACAAAGCCUCUAACGAAAAAUUGUUAUUCUAUAUUUUCGACUUCUUUUUUCGCGUAGAAUCACCCCCUUUCCGCUUGUACCACCAGUUACCAUCCACCCUGUAUAUUGUAUGUAUUAUACAAAACAUUUUAUGAUUGCAUUAACGCUCUAACGAGAAUCUGAUAAUGUACAUAGAAAUUGCAAGAUAUUUGUUACGUUAACACAUAUUUAUAAUAAAAGAUAAGUAGUCACACCUUAAGUACGUGACAAGUGUUAAAUACGAUCCCAAUAAAUAUCGUGAUUUAUUGAUAUAGUAGAUAAUUGAUAGUUUUCGAUACUUUUGCGAUCUCCGUGAAAUACAUAUUUGCGUCAAACAUCUUGCAGCUUCUGUGUAAAUUAUCAGAUUUCUUUCAAACUUUAUCGAUAUGAUAAAUUUGUGCUGACGAAAUUUCAAAAUAUUUCGUAUAACACACGUAAUAUAUUGACGUAAAAUCUUUCUACAAAUACACUUUCCUGAGCCAUUGUACAUCGCACCGUAUAAACGUCGUAGGUAAGGAUAAUAACGAAAUGGUUUUGGGCCAUGAUCGAUCGAUUUUGCAACAUACAAUAGACCAGACUAAGACAAUUGACACGAUCGAUGCUAGUCCAGGGCUUAAGGUGUUUGUCAUAGGUAUACGUCAGUGAGUUCCACGUAAACGAGCAUCUGUUUGGGAACUUGUCGCGAAGAAGAAUACUAUUUAUUAUUAAGAUCAAAGUAUUUUCACUUUAUUCAAGACACGUAAUAUGAUUGAUAUUAAUUAUGUUACUUAAUGCUACAUAUCGAUACAACAAUGUCCAUUUUCUAUUCACGGAAUCACUUCAGUAGCGAAAGCACUUAGCAAACCUCACCAAUGGAACCAAAACGCACUACCCUGUGACCAGAAAAAUGCGAGGGAACGUCAGUUAAGGAACAAAGCAUUUGGAUGGAAGUAGAUUCGAAUUGUUCGAAUACAACAUCGAAUUGCCAUUUAAACUAAAAGAAAAUAAGGAUAAACGUAGCGUGUUUCAAUCGCCGGUGAAAGAUGCGAAUGACAAACAGCUUAAACGAGUCGGUGUAACGAUUGGAUCGUGUUAAUCGCGUUAUCGAAAAGUAUAAAGGAUUGAAAAAAGGUGAAAGGAAUGACAGAGAAACGUAACGAACGAAAGGAACACGAAGGAUCCCUUAGGUGAACGUGAAAUAUUUGCAAGAACAGCGAAAUUUACGUGUAUGUUCGUUGUCGUUGCGAAUAUUUCGUAUUUGUUUGUGUCGAAGAGAAGAAUCCUUAAAGGGAGGAGAAUGAGAAUAAGGACGAAGGAAAAAGAAGAAGAAAGGAGUCGGCGUGUGGAGAUGCAGGGUAGGGCAAUCAAGUAGCCGUGAUGAGCGUCGAGGGGUUGGUGGCGUACUUCUGGGUGCUUCCGGUUCAUCGGUUCGUCCUAAACGAAACUAAGCUCGCUUGCUGCUUCCACUCACGGAUUGCCAGAGUCAUCAGAGACUGCCAUGCGGGAUCGCGGAAUAAAUAUCUGCCGGUGAGUUUCGCGGCACGUACACGGUGCACGAACGGGGAAACGAGGCCGUAGAUCUUAAGCGAACGUACCUCGUUAGCUAUCUGUGAUUUAAGAGUUUUAAGUUCGGCGGAUCGAUCUCGGCUGAAAAGGAAGAGCCGCGAAAGCUUUUCAAGUGCGCGUUCGAAGAGUCACGGAGAACGAUGUCUCGUUAUAUCCGAGGCACGAUAUUGUCAGAGAAAGAAACGGAAUUGUAUAAUUGUCAUAUAUAUAUCGACAUAUAUAUUAACAAAAUUACGAAAAGAUUGCUAUCAACGAAUUUUUUAAUCGAUCGACCGUUUGAUAGUGUAAUAAAAUAGGAAAGAAUUCGAAAUGAAUGUUAGAAAAAAAUGAUCUGUUUAUUGUCAAAUUUUCCUACAUUUUUGGUAUCAUAUACGAACAUACGUACAUAUUGAAUUUCUCGUAGAAAAUAAAUAUUAUUCGUAAUUGACAGAAUUGUUGAUAAUAGGAAGACAGCUCUACUUUACGGUAAUUCGAGUAAACUAACAAAAGUCAAUUCAGAAUCGAUGAAAAUCAAAUCAUUCUUCGGAACGUGUUAUACAUUUUUGCACUUUAGAAUACGAGAUUUAUACCUGCCUUUCUCUUACGAUAAAUUCACUUUAAAAAUGAAACGUUGGAACUGCCUUCUUAUUGUUGCAAAUCCCUCAAUUAUAGUUACUAUAUUUCGCAAGCUUUUCGAAUCCUCCUCAGACUACGCUGUUAAAAGGUUAGAAGUUCGUGAAACAAAUCUUCGUUUUUCGGUUCUUGCGAUCCUCGCUGACGACUCGAAAAUGAAAUUACGCGGUACUCGUAAGGGAGUGACGCUAAUGGAAGUCGCAAGCUCCGAUUUCAUUUUUGAAUUAUUUAUACAGCCGCGGCUGUUACCGUUCCGAUAUCGUCGUAUGCGCAUCCUCGAUCAAAAAGCAUACAUGCAAGCGAAAUACAAACGAGAUCGACGCGUGAUCUAUUCGAAAGACCGCGACAUCGCGGCGAACGAGAAAGUGCAGUGAAAGAUCUUUUUAUCCGGUUCUUCAGUGAUGCUAUUGUCACUUAUCACGCGACAUUCCAAUGUUAUGGAAUUAUCGCUCAUCCCAAGUUUCCCGAAACGAGAAUACGGAAGAAAAAGAGACAAAGCGAGAUUUUGAUAGAACUAUUCGCAUUCACGCCUUUUCGAAUCCUAUUCAGCUCCCUUCCCUUCCCGUUGUCUCGUCUCAACAGCAAGAACAUUGCUCAACGAUUCGUCGCUAGUAAACCGAUUUGUGUAAUUUAUGGAACAUUUUAUGACACAGAGUUAUUGUAUAUUAUAAUGUUUUUACGAAUACGUGUAAACCGCCAAAAUGAUUGUAACACGAGAUGAUUACUGUUAAAAGGUGAGGCACAAUAAAUCAGUACGAAGCAUGGAUAUGAAA